GUAGUUAUGAGUGGUACACUCAACCACGUUAUGAUUUUGCCCAAUGGAUGACUUUGUUCCAUGAAUUCCGAGCUUGUGACUGUUCACGUCCGUGGCCCGCGUUCUCGAGUUCGGUGAUUAGAACAAGUAAAUAGAACUCCGCUCCCGAUUCACACGCUAGCCACAGACAUCGCGAUAUUGUUCAACUCGAACGUUUGAACCCUUGAAGUUGGGUAGAUCUGCUUCCUAGUCGCUACUGGCACUAAACAUUUGACACGCAGAAAAUAUCGAGCACAAAAUGCCAGUGCCUGCCCAAGACGGCGUUGUGACUCCUGGUACGAUGCCAGAUGACAUUAUCGCCUAUCUCUAUAAUUUGGAGAAGAGGCACUUAGUCUGGGAUGCCUUGAGGCCUUGGUUCGAGGCUCAGGGGUACAUCCUGUAUCCCAAUCGCUACCCCGGGAAAUUAUCUGAAGUUUUCAAGUACGAUCUCAGCGAAGAGCAUACAGACGUUCCCAGUGUACACGUUGGAGACAAGAGCUUACGCGCGCGAAUGAGGUCGAUGAUAUUUAUUCCGCCUGCACUAUUUUCUGCGGUGAGCAGACAACAUCAGGACGUCAUGAUCAAGGUCUUGUCCACCGAAGGCGACGAAACGGAUAUCCUCAAACAUUUAAUGUCUGAACCCCAAUGCUCCGACCCAUUGAAUACGACAAUACCUAUCCUUGAUGUCUUGACUUUCGACGACCGUUACUCCUUUCUUGUAAUGCCAAGGUCAGUUAACCGAGCGAAUUCGCCCUUUACAAUGCUUAUUCAGGUCAGGUGGGGACCAACCGACCCUUUGCUCGAUACUGGUUUCGACUGCUUGGGUACAGCAUUUGAGUAUGCUUUAUGUCUGCUGAAGGCGUUAGCAUUCUUGCAUAAGAACCUCAUAGUGCAUAGGGACAUCAGACCUGGCAAUGUACUCGUCAAUUUUUAUGCCCCCGGACAGGCCAAUUACCAAUGUUUCUUCGCCUCUAAACAUACCAAAUUUGCACUUUGUGACUUCGGCUGUUCUACCAUGUUUCCUUCUGACAUCCUCCCAGCCGAUCGGGUUUGUCCUGCAGCAGAUAGCGAAUGCGGUACGUUUGAAUAUCAUCCGCCUGAUGUAGCAGAGGGAGCAACUGUAUAUGAUCCGUUCGCGUACGAUGUUGCUUGUAUGGGUGGUCUUCUCUGUGAGGUCAUUGGGUAUAUGACGCCGUUAGCUCCUCCACUCGCUCCUUUCCUAGAUCGCAUGAUAACACCCGACCUUUGUACUCGAUACACUGCAGCCGAAGCAUUGGAUGCCCUUCUUCAGCUGAAGGACAGUCUCGAUCCCAAAUGUUUUGACACUCCGGCGCCCGCGCCACCGUCAUUCCCUCAAUGUGUGUGGCAAGCCUACGAUCGCUGGGCUGGGCUUCCAGUUGAUUUUCUCAAGGAACACAGUGCACGCCUGCCGCCGGUUCGACCUAGACGCAAAAUUGCUCUAGUGGACGGUACAUCAUACUUUGUUGAUUGGGAUUCUCCUGAGUUAUAGGGCAAAUCAUAGAGUUGUACAUAGGCAUAAAUCUAAUGUGAUUCGAUGAUUGUCAAUUGUUGUCUUCUAUGGUCAUUCACAAGUUCGCCUGUAUCCCUUCGACUACAUUGGCAGUUCGAAGUGUGGCCUUGGCUAUCUUUUGAACGGAGCAUGAUAGCUGGAUGGCUGUUACGUGGCUAGGCAUUUAGAAUCAUAGUCAAUUUCCCAACCUGCUUUCUGAGAAAAUAAAUUCGACAGACUACA